UGGCGACAACGACCCUAUCGAUGUACUCCAGCUCAACUCAAAGCCCUGUCGCCGGGGCUCCGUCCAUCGCGUGCGCGUACUCGGUGCUUUGGCACUCGUUGAUAGUGGAGAAACUGACUGGAAGUUGUUGGUGGUCAAUGUGGAUGAUGUUGCUGAGAAAGAUGCCACGAAGUGGCGUCACAUCGAUGAAAUCCCCCAAACCCGCAUCGACGAGAUCCGCAAUUGGUUUAAGAUGUACAAGACAGCAGAAGGAAAACCAGAGAAUGUUUACGCUCUUGACGGUAAGGCUGUUGAUCCAGAACAUGCUAUGCGUGUCGCGAAGCGGACUCAUCAACACUGGAAGGAUUUCGUAAACGGGCAAGCAAAAUGCAUUACUUCGUGCCACAGCCAGGAUUGCCAUGGCCAGGAUAUCCCCUGCUGGGUCGGGGUUGACGAUGGCGCUGAUCUUUGA